AUGCAAGGUAUAGGCGGAGGCCUUACUGCAGUACCUGCUCCCUGUCCUCAGGCAGAGGGACUCCUCGGACCAAGCCCUCCGCCACGUGGUCGUCGCAUCCUAUGUGUGCGCCUCUGUGCUCCUGUACGAGGGGCUCGUCCUGGGGAGGCUGCACUAUAUCGCAAACGAGUGUGCGGGCGGACGGGCGUUCCUGGUGCCUCAGACGACACCCUUCAGAGAGGUGGCCCUGGACCGACGCCUCGACAGACCGAAGCAUCACCCCCAAGUGUGUUGUGCAGAUGGACCAGCCCACACGUCACUGAGCCAGACACACUGCACAGAAUGAGCGUCGACAUGAUCUCGUACUGGCUGACGGACCAUCCACAAGAGCGCACUGCGAUCAUGAGCAGAGGGAUGGGCCUCUCCCCUGAUACCACCGCAUGGGAGUACUCCAUCGGCAUCCACGAACGCGUACUAUGA